GGGUCAUAGACGUAUGUAACGUUUUCGAAACUUUGCUAUCUGGGUAUAAUGGAGUAAACAGAAUGUUUGGCCUCGGUAAACGGAAUUAAUCUAACCAGUUAUUUACAAAAAGCGCUCUCCCAGUGUCACUUUCCAUUGAUAUAAUACUUAUGUGGACUCCUCCAGUUUGUGAUAACCCUCCACCUUUCAACAUCGAGAAAGAGCUGGUUCCUACUGUAAUAUCGGAAUCAUCAUCCAAAUCAUCUGGUGUAUCUUCCUCCUCUAGUGGUUUAGACCGUGAUAUUUUGAAAAACGACUACCCACAAUAUACUGCACAAAACAUCAGAUACCAGCACUAUCCGGUUCCGAAGGUUAGAUGCUUGUCAUUUCCAUACCAAAUACUUCCCACUUGUGGGUCGAAAGUGUACCUGUAUACAUGGACUCUCCCAAGAAAUGAUAUAAUAAAUCAGCUAUGUUCACUUGCCGCAACAUGUUUUCAAGACACAAAUAUGUCUGUUGGACUUUUGUUUUCAAAACCAAUAUCCAAAGUAACUAUAUUUUUUAUAAAUAUCUGUGAAUCCUUCUUGUAUGUUUUGGUUUUUCUGAGAACACUAUUUUACUUGCCAACCUGGAUUAUGCGAUCAAAAAUUAUGGUGGCUCUAAUUAACUUCAUAUUAGGCCUUGUUUUUCCAUCUAAGAUUUUGCUAAAAUAAGAAAUGAUUCUUUUUAACCUUUACAUACAGUAGUUCGGAAAUAUCUACUAUGUAAUACCUACUUUUAGUAAUUGAAUACUUUAUUUGUCCAAGUUAGCUAAAGUUGUGUUUCGUAAUCGAGUGAUCGUAUUGGUAUGACUAAAGAGUGGUAUGUAGUCAGGUGGUUCAAGAUUUCUGUCCUUGAAAUCGAUGUCUAUUCGUAAGGUCCAAAUUUCCUAAUCUACUUUCACCGGGUAAUUGUAAUCAGUGGCUGAAGGGUAGAUUACAUGACACAUAAUCGGUCUUAACGGUGUCACUACAUUUAUUCCAGUCAUGAACCUAGCCUUAAAUUUUCUGACUAUCUAUUACUUC